UGUCCUUCGCCGGUUUCCGUAGUCGGGCCUCACAUAAACGUCUUCCUCUUUGAGUCACCGGACGUGCGCGCUGAAGGUCGCGAAUUGAACGAGUUCAACAAUGUCACUUGCAAAGCCAGCAAUGAGGGGCCUCCUUGCCAAGCGCUUGAGGUUUCAUUUGCCCAUUGCGUUUGCUCUUUCCCUCUGUGCCGCAGCCGCUUUCAAGUUCGCAGUAUCAGACCCCAGGAAAAAGGCGUAUGCUGACUUCUACACACAGUACGAUUCCACAAAGGAGUUUAACGCCAUGAGAGAAGCAGGAAUCUUUGAAAGCGCCAGGCCUUCUGGAGAGUAAAGCAGCAAAUUCAUGUUCUGCAUCCACUGCAUUCCUGGUCUACAACUGAAUCUUUAUAAGAUUAUUGGAAAUGAACAUUGAUGUCUGAUGUUCUCAUUAAUGUAAAAAUAAACUAUUGACAACCUCA